AGUCUGGUACACAUCAGAAGAAGAAUGGCAAGCUUUUAAGAAAAAGAAAUUCUACAAAAAACUAGUGUCACUGUGGCCGAGAGUGAAGGGAUUACCAGGACCUAUGGGACCACAUGGACAGCCUGGACCACUCGGCCCUCCUGGAGUUCCAGGGAUACAGGGGAGAAAGGGAGAGCGAGGGAAACUCGGAAGAAUAGGACCAGUAGGAAUUCCAGGGUCGCUUGGGAGACCAGGAUCAGAGGGCGCUGCUGGGAAGGAUGGGGAGACAGGCCCUAAAGGACCACCUGGGGAGGAUGGUCCAAAAGGUUAUGUUGCAGAGAAGGGCAGCAAAGGGGAGCUGGGUGAGUGGGGUGAUCUUGGCGAGCAGGGACCUCAUGGAAUCAAAGGAACAAAAGGAGAGAAGGUAAAAUGUUGCUUCUGCUCACCAAACUUUAGAUAUGUAUGA